UUUUGUCGUUGAUUCUAGGUCAAAGCCAAGUAAGCCUGUCAGAGCCUGACUGCACUGCUGCCACCAUGAUGUGACCUUAUGCCACACAUCAAGUUGUUUGAUCCUGGAGGCUUCAGUCAGGGUUUGGCCGAAGUUCUAACGGACUGGUGUGGACUUACAGCACAGAAUCAGGCGGUGUUUCUGUGAGAAAUUACUAGUAGGCGGCAGCACAUUAGGGCUUGCUUCCCCUGAGAAAAAAAUGAGGGAUCUCCCUGAUUCAGAAAUCUCAUAUGAUCUUGGUCUCCAUUCCUGCAACAAUGGUGAAUACAAAAGGAACCCAAAGAGUUCAAUUGGCUCAGCAAACUUUGGUGACCAGUGCAAGUGUUGUUCCAGCUUUGGUAUUGACAGGAGAGCCUCACACGUUCACAUUUGUGUCUAAGUUGAAUGCACAAAAUCCAUCCCCUCCCAGUAAUGGAUUUAAUGGUAACCCACGUAUGAUAGUUGGAGAAAAACGCACAUCUCACAAUGCUAUUGAAAGAAGAUACCGAAGCAGCAUCAAUGACAAGAUUAUUGAGCUCAAAAAUCUUGUUGCUGGAGAUGAUGCAAAGCUGAACAAGAGUGCUGUCUUGAAAAAGGCCAUUGAUUUAAUCAGAUACCUGCAGAAUCAUAAUCAGAAGCUCCGUCAGGAAAAUGCACGUCUGAAGUUGGCAUAUCAGAAUAACAGCCCAGAUAGUGGAUAUGAAUCCCCUUCUGGUGAGAAAGAGGUGAGUCAUUCCCAUGGAGUACUGGUAGGCAACAUUCUUAUUAAGAUAUCAUUGCAGCAUCAUAAAACCAAAAUUCAAAGCAUUCAAAGGUCUCAGCUACAAAUUUUGCUAAAUUUUUUCCAGUAUCAUGAUGAUAGCCACAACCACAUGGAGAGUUCACCAACAUCUUCUACUCCAGAAUCCAGCCCUACAAGUACAGAGGGAUUACUGGAUCGCUCUCGUCUGCUCAUCUGCAUGUUCUUCCUUACCUUUGCUUUGGUCAAUCCCAUGACUGGCAUUACACAACAAUUUCAUUCAAAGAAGGACUACACAUCUACUGUUGAGGGCAGAUCCAUUCUCUAUUCGGAAUAUCCUGAGACAUCUUGGGGGAGUUUGAUUGUCUCAUGGUUGGGAACUUUGGCCUUCAAUCUGUUUUUGGCCUUGCUUGGAUUUGCCUGGUUACUUAUGUAUGGAGAACCUCGUAUGGGAGUGCAAAAUGAUAAAGAUGGCUCUCAUUUCUGGCAUCAUGUCUCAAGAGCAGAGUCAGCUUUUGGAGAGGAUAACCAUAGCUUGGCAGCAAAGCAGUUACAGCAAGCAUUACGUUCCUGUGGAAGACCUAUUCCAACAUCUCGUCUGGACCUUUGUGCAUCUCUUCUGUGGCAAAUUUUAAGGCAAAUUUUCCACUGCCUUUAUGUUGGCAGAUGGAUAUCUCACUUUUACGUUGGUGGAGUGGCCCUAAGCAACGGGGUCCUUGGGGCAGGGGCAGUUGGCAAUGCUGCUGCACAAGGAUUUUCACAGGAUAUGGACUAUAUGUAUAUUGAUGAGUGUUAUCUCUCUAAAGAAAUUCUCACUUUCUCUUUGAAGCUAAUACUUCACCUUUUGCUGCAUUUCAGGGCUACAAGAACAGAGAUCCAUCAAAACCUGGCCCAAGUGGCCCAGAUAUACCAUCGGCUCCAUCAGUUGCAUCUUACUGGUGUGGGAUGUGUUGGUGAUGGAACAGGGCUUCAUGAUCAUAUGUUGGGUUCCCUCCUUUCCCUGGCUGCUGUUAACAUUGGGGAAGCUGCAGGUAAUGCACUACCACCAGGAUCCUUGUCUGAGAUCUAUCUUCACAUGGCCCUGCGAGUCAAGCACUCCUUCCCACGAUCCCUCUUCUAUCUCGAUCGCUUCUACCUGGCCAAGGGGCGUGGUGCAUGUGCUUCUCACAUUUGCUCUUCAACCCUCCCCCCUGCCAUUCAGUGGCUUUGCACCAUGCCAACAGCACACCGAUUCUUUGUCACCCACUCAUGGACCUACGAACCAAGAAAGGAGGCACUGUUCAGCUCUCUGGGGUGUCAGGUUGAUCCUCUGGCUCAUGUCAUGAGGCUGCACAGAGAGCAUUUACUAGAGAAGGCAGUCUAUGCUCUGGUACAUCCAGGCCUGAGGGCAACAGAUGCUUGUGAGGAGCAGCCACUACGUCGUACUCACACAGGAGAUGCAAGUCAGCAUUCCAAAACCUUGCUUGAAGUUACUUCCAUGGGAGAAAACUCUUUUGGGGUAGCUAAUGUCCAGAAAUCCAAAGACAAGGUGGCAGAAUGGUGGGCUGCUCUUGUAGGAGUUGGAGCUCACUGGCUGCUAGAUGAGAAAGAAGAAGCAGAGAAAUUGUAUCAUUUGGUGACUGCAAUACCAGCUUCACUUCUCAAGCACUCAGAUCAGCUUCCCAGGGCUGCUGCUCUUGCUUUUCGGGCAAAAGCUGGAUUCCUUUCUGGAGAUACAAGGUCCUCUCUACGGUUGUGUUGGCAGGCAGGCCACUGCCUUCGGGCUAGCCUUUCUGUCAAUUUGCUUCAGAAGGAGCGCUCUGAGGAUAGCCACACAAGCCUCCUGCAGAGCACACAAUUGCUUAUAUGUGAUUGGAUACUGGAGACAAGGACAAAAAUAUGGGAAGAUUAUCUGAAAAGGCAAAAUGCUGCUGGAAUCCCUGCUCCAGCUGAAAUGCUUCAGGGCUUCCAGUAUGAUCUUGGAUCUCUACGGAUCAUCACAAAUCAUGUGGCUAAUGCCAUGAAUAGAGUUUUCCUGUAUGAAGCAACAAUGAGGCUUAUGGCUGGAGCCAAUCCCAGAAACACCCAGAUCCUUCUCGAUCGUUCGAUGAGACAUCGUGGAGGCAGAGGGAACAUGAUCUGCUCGAGUGGUGGCACACUGGACGACAGAGAGCAAGCGUUGGCUCGUAUGAUGGCAUGCAGGCAUCUGCCUGCUCCGCUCCUGUCGACUCCUGGAGAGAAGGCUGGGCUCCUUGUCGAGGCAGCUCGAACUCUCGAGCGCCUCGGAGACAGGCAACACCUUGCAGAGUGCAAACAUAUGAUGAAGACUCUGGGUGUUGGCUGAUUCAGGAAGACGACAUUUUCGAUUUUAAAGCCGUGUCUGUGUGCCUAUGUCGUUCAUCCCUGCAUAUUUCCUCUCCCUGUUAGCCUGUUUCAGCUGUUCAGGUGUCACAAAUAAAAACAUUGUAAGUCAGAGAUGUAUUGAUGAUUGGCAGUUGCAAACUGCUGCAUCACCCAAAACAUUGAAUGAAGACCACUUUGCAGCAGUAAGAAGUGUGCAUUGUUCAUGUUUAGCCAGCUGUUAGAAAUGUGCAGUGUUAUUUGUGACCAGC